AAUGGAAUUUUAUGAAUCGCGAAAUGCUUAUAAGCAGUGCGACGAGAUAGAACCUAAUCUGGACAAAGUGUUGCCCGAAAAAGAGGAACCUGAUCCCGAACGAGGUCCGCAGGAGAAUUUACCUCGUCUUCGUGGUCUCGGGAACAAACUGGAUUGCUUCAAGGCCAAGUAUUUUGAUGAAAAUCCCCUGGACAAUCCGUUGUUCGCCGAGAAGCUGGUCGAAGAACCGACUCCGCCAAUGGAAUUAAAUCCCACGCAGUUUGCAUCGAAGAUCAUGGUGCUUCCGGAAGAGAAUGAUGAAUACGUUGUGCCUCGAGUGUCGAAGAAGCCGGAGCGCACCAAUCGCCAAUGGCGAUAUAGAAAUCAUCCGUACGAGACUCACGAAUCGAUACGCGUUAAUUACAAGCACGAUCCACAAACCGGAAGAGGAAGGAACGCGUAUUUCCAUACUGUGCGCGGUUCGAGGCCUUCCAAUAUGAUACGCAGAGUUAAAAAUCGAAGAUUGAAACCGAAAGUUUCCAGCACCACCGCGUCAUCGCCGAAGUUGUACCAAACCGCCUCUUACCAGAAUCAGGUAUACGAGGACGUGAUGGGUAACAUUAGAAACAUGAAGAACGCCUAUCAGGUCCAUGAAAUGACGACCUUGCCACCGUCCACGCAAAUCUUGGCAACCGCAAGUAGCGAAAACAUGUUAAAGAUUGCGAACGAUACGUCGAGCUCUUCGGAAGAAAAAAGUACGUCGAAGUCGGAUGUUACUGAAAUUACGAAUAAUACGAGAUCAUCGGAGAUUAAAGGAUUGGUACCCCCUCCAAAGUAUUCAAUACAAACGGAUUACAGAAAAUAUAGACCGCCAGCUAAGAACAGAGUGUCUAUAAUAAGAUCUCCGAAUCUUCCUCGAAUCAUCGCUCAUCAUCAUACUAUCAAGAUAAAUAAACGCAGCGCAAAUGAUAUCACGAAGAAUUCUUCUGACAGUAUAAUUAAUGAAGCCAAUGGAUUUACAGAGGCUACAGUUAAUAGAUCUACAGAAACUGUUAGAAAUGACACUAAUGUAAAAUCAGUAGAAGAAGAGAUAAAAAAAACAAACAUGACAUCCGAACCAUUAGAUUUGAAGAUCGAAGAAAGCAGACAAAUUCUUACACAAGAUCAAGGCUUGUCUACGACCCUGAAGAUUGAAGAUAAGAAGAGACGAAGAAAUCCUACGAAUAGCAAUCAAAGGAUUGAACCUCAGAAAGUCGUUUAUACAAUUAAAGAUCGAAUUAGAUACUCAAAGCCCAAGUGGGACACUAGAGGAUUCGGAAAGUUUAGCGCGAGCUUGAAUACGACGGACGAAGACAGCAGGCGAAAGGAGCCACGGUACAAUCACAUCAAAAGAAAGAAGAAACCAGUGAUCGAUGAUCAGCAGAACAAUUCUACGAUAAUGAAUUCAACCGAGAACACUUCAGGAAUCGAAAGUACAACGUUAUUAAUAGAAGAUAGAGAAAGUAGCACAACCGAGGUUUAUCACGCAGAAGAAUCCAUACAACAAAUGAUUUACCAUAAGAAGGAUGAACAUCCAGAACUUGAGAAGACCGAGGUUAUUGAUAAAGAAUCUAAAGAAAGUUUCUUCGAGGAAGAGGAAGAAGAAGAUGAAAGUAUGACUAACACAUAUCAGGUUCGUGAGAAUAUUAACGAGCAUGAUUCCACAACAGCGAGAUCGAAGAAUCCUCAAAGCUCGAAGGAAGUUCUGGACUUGCAAAAAUAUUUGGAAUCUGAGCCACCAGGAUACGAGGAAACGUUUUCCGAGGAAGCAACAACGCCUUCGAGUAAAUCUACACACACAGAUCACGAAUCUGAGGACAGCGAAGAGAAGCAGGACGAAGAGACUGAAAAUGUGGAAAGUUCAUGGGAUAAUGAUUCUUCCGAAAAGACAGAAGAACAGGUCGAAACACCGAUAAAAGCAGAAUUAUCCACAAAGAACGAUAAUUCCAAAGAAGAGGAAGAAUCGCAUAAGGAUCACACAUUUUUUAAAUAUCCGCGGCCAUCAUUAAUUGGAAGCGAUAGUAAUAAUGAACAAUUUGAGAAAACGACAUUCCGUCCAUUCCCAUUUUCAAGAUACAAAUCAAAAUUUAAAAAGGAAAGUGAGGACGAAGAAAGCGAGGAAAAGAAUGAAGAUUACGUAUUUCCUUGGCAUGCCGAUAAAGAAAAUACAAAAGACAAACACAAAUGGCUGCAUGAAUUCGAUAGAUAUGAAUAUCCCUGGGAGAGGAGAGAAAGGCUGGCAAGAGAACGACGAAGAAAACGAAAGCCAAUCAGAUUUUUCGAUGAUAAAGACGAGGAAGAAUCUACGAGACGCGAAAGACUCAUUUAUCCUUGGGAGAAAUACGACGUUCCUUCUAAACCUUAUACUAGAAUAAAUACUAGACGCGAUGUUUCGCGAAGACAUGUAGAUGAUAGCGAAAACUCUAGCUCCGAAUACGUGCCAUUCACGAAAUUUAGCAGCAGAUACAGUUCUACAACCAGACCAACGUAUAACGCACGUGAAAUCAGUAGAUCCAUCAAAAAAUUGCUAGAGGAAGAUAAUGAAUCCAAAGAGCAAGUUUUGAAAGAUCGCUCUGAGCUUGAAGAUCAUUCUUCUUCUUUCGCGCAAAAAACAUCACUUUCCUCAAACAGAGGACUCUCCAGUGGAAUGCUCAUACCCGAAGACAUUACGCAGCCGCCGAGAAGAAAGAAUACAAGAGAAAAAACUCCUCAAAUUGAUAAAAACGUGUCGAAUAAUUCACACUUUGAUUCAAAAAAGCUAAAACAAGUAGAUCUUUUUAAUGAACAUGAAGAAGAAGAGCCCGUAGAAUAUCUAAAAUUAAAUAAAAGUAAUCUAGAUGAGUCAGCGCUACCGAUAGAAGUAACAAGUAGCCAACCGAGUCAAUUACUCAAUAAAACAAAGGAAAUUCCUCCUGCAACUGAACAACGUAAAAAGCGUCGACGAAAAAUAUCAAAGAAUAAUUCUACGAUUUCUUCUGCUAAUGCACCUGCCGAGUCAGUUACUAAGCCUACGAAAAAAAAACGUAGGAGACCUGUAACCUUAUCAACGAUGACAACUACGCCUACGACGAGCUUUGACUUCGGUACGAGAAAAUCAAUUUCCAUACCGAAUCGAAACAAAUCAAAGAAAGACGAGAAAAUAAAUAGUUCGGCUUCUUUUGAAACAAUUCCAACAGCUAAAAUAAUUGUUACGCCAGAAACAAUUAAAGCUGACAAUUUUCAAAUAGAAACUUCGACUCCGAAAACAAGAACAAUCGAGCAUCGAUCAAGAGUCUCGAAGGAGAAGAUUUCUACAAAGACCACUUAUCCAAACGAUAUAGAAAACAUUGAUUUUAUGAAAACGAAUCUGACGUCCGCUCAAGAAGAACCAACAAAAUUAAAAAUCAAAUCGAGACGUAAAAAAAAUAAUAUUAGACAGGAUGAUAAUAAAAAAGAAUCAAUAAAGCAAGAGAAUACGAAAGAAGAAGCUAAGUCUAUCAAUGAAGAUGAAAUUAAAAAAUCGGUGAUAUUAAAUAAACCUGAAGAAAACAACGAAAAUAAAGCUUUCAGCCGUUUGAGUAUGGGAAAAGAGGAAAUUAAGGAGAUCAAUAAUUUUGGCGCUUACGACGGGAUUGUUAACGAUGAUAAUCACAACGCUAGCUUUGGAUCGUCAGAAAUCUACGCAGUACGCAACCUGAUGCAGAAUAUUCCACCAAAUCAAGGAAAAAAUCGAUCCUACGAAUGGACUGAAAAGGAAUCGAAUAGAGAAAUCGAAAAUUGGAAAGAGCAAAAUAAUAGUAAAAAAGCAAAUGAAAAGGACGAAGAGGAAGAUGUAACAAAGAAACCGAGACUGUUGUUACAAGCCAAGUUUAUAAAAGAUCCAGAACGCAGGUUAUAUUACUACGUAGAGCGUAAAUAAUUAUAGCCGAUGUAUUUUUUAUCUAAUUACAACAACACAUUUCUUAUUACUACGAUAAAUUUAAAAUUAUUUUAGAUAAUUAUAAAAAAUUUAUUUAUAUUGGCUUUCAAAUUUAUAAUUAAUUUUACAUUCUUUUUAUUUUGUCAUAAAUAUAUAGGUAAAUUUAAUCGCGUUUCUUCAAGAAAUUGAGAAUUAUUACAAAUAUAUUUUAUAAAAAUCUGCUUAUUUAGAAAAAUAUUUUUGAAUUUAAAAAAACAUUCUAAACUUUGAAACACUUGUACAAAAAGAGACGCAAAAAUAAUUUCGAAUACUUAUACUUAAGAUUACUUCAGUACGCACGAUAUUUUUAAUGGUUUAUAGUAGUUGUAGCAUAUUUUAAUUAAUUUUUGUUUUAGAGAAAGCGUAUUUUAGACGCGGAUGAUUAAACGCGAUUCAGGUGUUGUAAUAGUUUCUUCCGAUCUUUAAUUACGUUGCUGUACAUAGUCUAAGAUACUUUUGUUAUAAAUAAACGUUACAGAGGAAUUGCAUAAUGCCUCACUCGAAAGCGUC